AUGGCUCCCAAUGGGCACAUUAUCUCUGUGUCUUCUUCUGAAUCUUACUCAAGUGAUUCACUAAACAAAGGCAACCUGGGUAAUCAUGAUAUACUAUCGAGGUUCAACAACAAGGUCGGAGCUACCCUAUCGUUGGGUGAAACGAUGCAGCUAUAUCGUCGUUCAAAGGUGGCCCAGGUCGUGUGGUCGAUGGCACUGCAACGUCGGCUUUCUACGACGGAGGGUGGAAAGGUAUCACAGUACACUCCUGUCAUCCUGCCUGGCGGUUUUGGGGAAAUGUUCGAUAUACCCUCAAUGUUGUUCAAGUUCAAAGUGUCAGUAUUUGGUAUUUCAAAUGAAGAAGGAGCCGCGAAUAUUGUCUGGCUUGCAGUUGCACCUGAGCCAGCAAGUCCUGGGAUGGAAGGUCUGUUCUGGGAUCGUAUGGAGUGGAAAUGGGUUCGGCCAUGGGGUCUUGACGUCAAGCUUCAGGAUGAGCUAUGGGAUAUUUGCGGUCUGGGCAGCAACCUGCCACCCACCUACGGUGAUCAACUCGGUUAUCCUGAGACUCACUUGACGGCCAUGUCGGAUGGUGCACGACUUCAUGAAUUAUGGGCGUCUGCGUUAUCCGAUGCGGCCACCACACUCAAGAGCCUAGUUGGCUCGAAUGGAUGGGUGCGUGUUAGCACAAGUAAUGGUGGGAACGGGUCUCUACACAAGAAAGGAAACGUGUUUCGUGCUGUGAUGGAGAUCGACGAAGGCGGAUGCCCCGGCGUUGAUGAAUGGAGGGCGAUAUUCUCUUCGCCCGAGCUACGAAAGGAAUGGGACGUCAUGACAGACAAAGUUCAUGUGUUGGAAGUCCUCGAUCCUGCCACACGUGUAAUCAAGACAGAUAUGCUUUGGGAUGGCCGGCCAAUCUCUCGGACAGUCCAUGACGCAUCAACCAUCAUCGAUAUAUCAACAUCACUUCCUCGUUCUCCAGAAGAGCCUGCCUAUCUUCGUCCUUCGCCCCCCUAUGUCAGAUCCCAUGUGCAUUUGCAAGCAUGGUGUAUCCAACUCCCAACCUCCACGUCUUCAAAAACGCGAAUCACUCUCUUCUGGCAGCACGAUCUCCGCAACGCCUUUAGUCUAUCCUCUUCUUCACCGAGUACUACCCUCCCUGCUCUCCUCCCUGCUAUCUAUUCAAUGGCCUGUGAACGAGCAACUCGGGCACCACUUCUCCAGAGGUGGGGCCCGCGAUCGGUAAUCGACGCAGUAUCGUACGACACAGGCAGGGCGGCGUUGAGGGUUGAUUACACAAUCCUUCCUGAGGACGAACAUGGGGAGGGGAAUCCAGGGGCGGGCCAAAGAGAAGUCGAGUUGCGAAUCUCUCCAUUACAUGCAUGGGAGGCACAGAUUUCAACGCGAGCAGCGAGCGAAGCUGUCUCCAAUCUGCCUUGGACUGUAAAUGCUUCUCGUAGUGGAUCUGGUGAUGAAAACAACAACGAAGACGCUGAUCGGACCGUGAUGCGGAUCACUCAUCCACCGGUCCCAGCAAACUCGGCGUCAUCUCUUAAAGUCAAACUCGUCAUCGAGCUCGGAGGUGGCUCAAAGGGGACAUUACGGAUCAACGGAGCUCCCCACGCUGUCUCUUCGGCUCGGCUCGCCCCUCGACCAGUUUUAGAUGCCGGGUUUGCCUUGGGAGUAGGAGCAGAGGCUCUAUCAAAUAUUAGUUCCAGUGCCGGACAAGCGAAUAUAUCAGGCAGUGUAUCCUCGACCCCAGCUCCCAGUACUCAAUCCCGUGCAGCCAGCAUUACGAGUACGGUCCCCUCUGGGCUAACGACGUCGACUCGAACCGCUGCCGCCCAAAAAUCGAUUCAAACUCUUAUUCGCCGGUCAUACACGUACUUUACGGCGUUGUUGCAAGAGCCGGACAUCAAAUGGCGUCCCUUGCUGGAGUCACGAGGUGUUACUGUAACACAACUCGAUUCAAUUGACCCCACUUUGGUAGUAUAUCGAGCUGAGGCCACGUUUGUGGGCGUAGGCGUAUGGGACCUUUUAGGCGUACUAGGAUGUGAGCCAGCACGAGUUAUAUGGGAGAAAAACAUAGAGGAUGCACGACUUAUUGAGGAUGUAAGCGAACUCAGCGAGCUAUGGAGAGUCGGAUGGAAAGCCGCCUGGCCUGUCAAUCCGAGAGACACUAUUGUACUCAAGACGUCUUACAAAUCGCCCACGGCAGCACACGUCUUUUCGUUCUCCACGUCUGACGUCAAUCUAUUCCCUUUAAUUCCCCCUUCUGAGCUGCCAACAAUCCGAACGCAUGUGGAUUUGCACGGUUUCGCCAUCGAGGCACUGUCGCCUACGACUACACUCCUUACCCUGCUUGAACAGUCCUCCGCUUCCAACUCUGCUCCAUGGACUGGUCGAGGAUCCGGCGGUGUACCGGCUUCUAUGGUCGCGACGCUGGCAGGGAUCGGAGAGACUGUUAUCAGAGGUGGGGGUGCGCCGCCCGUCGUUAGCAGAUUGAGUGGUGCUAAGAAGACACGGAUGCGCUAUGACCAUGACCGUGGUAUCUGGAGAAUCGAGUACGAGAGAAGCGAAGGACGGACUCCCACUACUGCUUCUCCCAAACCUGAAGGCGAACGAAGACGAAGAUGGAAACAGUCAUUGUCGGGUUUAGGUUCUCGUUCCAGUUCCCUCUCCCGACGAGCCGGGGAAAGUGAUGAGGAUAACGAAGGCAUGGGAGCGAGCGUUGCGACGAUCAUACCUAAUAGCAAGAGAGCAUCAAGUCCAUCGAGUUCCCCAGAAUCACCUGGUGGCCGGUCAUUGACUCCAUCAAGUUUAUCAAGUCGUUCAUUAACUCCGUCCUCUACAUCCAUCUCCUCUGGCAAGGGGAUAGCAUUCCCCACCUCCGAGCCUUCGAACGACAGCAACUCAACGAUUAAUGGUGCCGGCGAAACUUCUAAUCCUAUCCCAGCGCCUGUUCCACCUAUCGAACUGGAACUUCGAGUCGAUCCCGACAAUUGGGCCCCUCUCGAAAUCGUAGUCGACCCUCCACCUUCGGCCGUCCGUGCCCUUAGACGCCACCGACUUGCGAGAGGCGGUGGUGGUUUAUGGAUCACGAUCGAGCACGCAGCUGACCAACUCUCUUCAACUUAUGGAAAUGUCAGCGGUAUCGGUUAUGCGGGAGCUGGAGGUUGGGACGACCGCAUCAACGUCGCCGUUCGCAAGGCCGCCCCACCCUCUCCCAAGGAUGGAAAUAAUCCCUCAAUCCCAACGAAAGACAAAGAUUCUCCGAGCGAAUGGGAGGACCAAAGCUCGGGUGGAGAGGGGACAAGAACGCCUGUAAGAUCCGCUCGCGAAGAGUUGCUACGAUUCCAUGGAGAGCGUGCCAGAGCUGAAUCUACCUCUAAAGUCAUGGACUCGAAGAGUCCUUUGCUCGCUGAUAGACCGGGGCACCAGCGCUCCAAUAGUCUUCUUACCGCUCCUCGCAUACAGACCGGCCGUCCAACGCUCGUUGUCAACGGUGCUCGCGUGAAAGUAGACGUAGAGGAUCUCCCUGAGGCCGAAGCAAAGGCACUAGCCAAGGCCAAAAGGGUUAAACCCAUGCGGAUCCCAUUGGACGAACCACCAGUAUUGCGGACAAAGCGUGAAAAACCCAGCGAGGACGUAUCGGAUGUCGCAGAAGGAAACGAAGGGGGUGGGGUGGGUACUGAUGGCGAAGAUACGGGGACGGGGACAGGGACGGGCAUGGUGAAGACUGUUAUGAACUGGGGUAUGGGGAUGAGCUCUUUGGGGCUUGGUAUGGGUAAGAUGUGGGCGCCCGCGGGUGCUAACAUGGGCGUAGGUGGACCCAGCUCGGGAGAGGAUUCGCAUACGGGACUUGGAAUCACAAUACCUAACGUUCAGAAUGGAGUCGAAACUGCCAUCACGUCGGUCGCGCAACCAUCGAAUCUCUUACGACUCGUCACCAACACGAGCGCCCCCCAAUCUACUCUACCGUCUGCUGCUCUGGCAGGUGAAAGGCCGCCUGUCGCUACAUCUCUCGAUGCACUUGCAUUCCUAACUCGCCAGCACUCGAACAAUCCCACGCCUGAUACGAUUCCGACCGCUGGUGGAUGGACACCUGUGACCACCAAAGCUGGACUUACGGUAACCCGGCGUACCGAGAACUUCUUGUCGACCACGCUCCCAGUGCAUCGAUGCGCCAAGGUCCUACAGGGCGUUUCGGCUGAGGAUGUCGCGAGCGCAAUCUCGUGUGUGGAAUCGAGAAAGCAGUGGGACACGUGGUUCGAUGGCAGUGCAAGCGCAGUGCUCGAAGAAUAUGGCGCUGGCGUCCGGACGGAGUUUACUGUACUCAAGGGAGGAUUUCCAUUCCGUGAUCGAGGAUUUUACGUCUCGACACUUACUGCCCGGACCACUUCUCGCGCCACAUCUGGUUCUGGCUCUGGCUCUGGCACCCCAGAUUUAAUUUUCCUCACAUCGUCUUCGUACAACCCGGCAUCUCAGUCAUUCGCGCCCGGCAAAGUGAACCCAUACACCCUGCCAGUCGGAAAUAUGCCUCUAUAUGGCUGGGUGAUUGAGACGCUCGAUCCUUAUACGGCAGAGAACUAUGCGAUUCCCAGCGCACGUUGUACUCUCUUGUAUGCGUGGAUUAUGGAGGUGCGGGUCGCGCGCUCCGACCCCUAUAGUGCGAUACCCGUCACGAACGUGAAGCUCUCGCCAUACACUAUGCCACCCCCAUCUUCUCCAAUGCAACCCCCAGCGAGUGCGAUAGAACCCACUUCAAGCUCCUCCUUUCUUUCCGUAACGAGUAGUUCGCGCAAAACACCUAGUAAUGGAGGUGGUUCCAGUGGGGGGACCGCAGGAAAUAGCACCAAUACUAGUUGGGGGCGUGCUUCGGGAUCCAGAUUCCGCAACCGAGCCCGCACUCUCUCCUCGAAUGCCAAGCGGCCCGAUAUAAACUCUGAGGGUUUGAUUGUCGCCGAGUUUAUCAUCGAUCCGAGGCUAUUCCCGGGCGGCUACGACAUCACGACUACAUCCACGUUCCUCUCUGAGAAAGCUACUCAGCCGAUAUCUCUUCUAACUGACGACGAUAGCUCCACAACAACAACACGAAUAAUACCACUGCGCGCUCAAGUAUUCACUCUUCCUGUUUCUCCACUUCGCGCGUCUGCGGCGACAACUACCCCCCAGUCGUCAGUUGAAGUUCUGGAUCCUCUCACUGGUGAGACACGCCGCGGCCCUGAACAACCCGAAUGGAAGCAGAGACUAGCAAACGAGCAUGCAAUCGUUAAAGUCAGUAUCGGGCCGAGUACCAUCAAGGACAAGAUUCGAGUUGACGGGAGCCUUAUGGAUGUUUUGAGCGAGAAGAAGUCAAUUGUUGCCCUUGGAAGGGCCGCUCUAGAAGACGAUCACGUCGGUUACCCACUGCUGGGUCGCUCGAGAGGUGGGCCUGGACCCAAGGUCCCGAACACGCUUUCUUGGCCUGUGGUCGCUGCCACCCACUUGUAUUCAGAUGAACCCAUAGUCAAAGCCCCGCCCUCCGAACCCGUACAGAAAGUUAUUGAUGAACCAACCUCUACGGAAUUUUCGCCGACAGAGGAGGGCUCGACCUCGGCUCCCAAAUCUCCCACACGGCCUGCGCAAGUUCGUCGCUCUUCUACGUCGCUCUUUGGAUUCCUCUCCGCAUAUACCAACACAGUAAACAAGAUGCCGUCCAUUACGGAUGCCGAAAAGGAAUCAAAGUCCCAAACACAAGAGCCUCAGCCCGAAGCUCAGGCUCUCGAGCAGCCCAAGACCCCGCAGUGGUACCUACCGAACCCAGGCAACUCUUACUCGACCGACAGCAUUCAACCAUGA